AGGGAUCGGUCAUUCUGUGGCGGGAGUGGGUGCACGCAUCUUCGUUCCCAAAUACCCAAGUUCAUUUUUUGUGUAAAGGUCCCCAAUCCAUUCCAAUACGAUCAUAGUAUCGGGCCAGGUCUCUCGGGGGGUGAACGUUGACCGUUUUAGUUCAGUUCUCUUUGGCAAGUGCAAUGUGUCCGGACAGAAGUGGAUGGAUGUGCCUGGUGCUUGGGUUGGUGAUGGUGACGACAUCGGAAGGAUUUUUCUUGAAGUGGGGCUCAGACUCCAGGCAGUCGACGGCACAGAAACCCUGGGUACAACCGAUGUCACCAAAUAUACCAUCGUCUUACCGGUACCAGCAAUACGUGUACUCGCCCUACGAAUCACGCAAAGUCUACCAAAUACAGGCUUCCCACCCGCAAUAUAGUCAACCUGAGGUGCCGAUACAACAGAGUAUGGCGCCCAUUCCGAUAUCCGUGCCGGCAGGGGCUAGUCUGACUCCUGUUUCCCUGCAGCACGUGCAGCUAGUCCCUUGCAUGUGCCCAGUUGCCCCCGAGGAGGCCGAGAAGCUGCAGGAGCAAGUUGGCCCCGGGCCAUACCUGGCGCAAACUUACACUCAGUCCACGUACGUCCCGCAACAGGUGACAGUCGCGGCGGACAACAAGUUGGCCCCUAAACCUUAACAUAAAAAUUAUUUAUAUUUUGACAUCCCCAGUCCCCAAUGAAUCGGAUUCAUUUUGAGUGUAAUUUAUUUCUCUCCAUUUUAUUUAUAUUAAAGACUGAUAAAUUUAAGAAUAAACAUGUAAGUUUAUUUUUAAUAAAGUGAUUU